CCUAAAAUGCGGAGCUCCUCCCACCGAUAAGCGCAGCUGCACUACCCGGAGAUCCACCCAAACACUGCCCACCUGAACCCACCUGCGUCCCUGGAUAUUUAACCCCAGCCGUGAUUGACCAUAGUCCUUCUCAUUGUCACUCACACUCACCCUCAAACUUAAACAAUCAAUCAAUCAAUACCCUCCUCAACCAACCACCCCUCUCUUUCCCCGGAAUCCCCAUAGACCCACCACAACCACCACCAAAAUGACCCAAAAAUCGCCCCCCACAGCCCAAACCACCACGAUCCAAAACCCGCGGCUCCGCCUGCUCAACAAACUACGCACCUCGGACUACCCCGUAAUGACCUUCAUGGCGCUCCCCUCCGUCCGCAUGGCGCAGGUCGUCGCCCUGACAGGCGUCGACGGGAUCAUCAUCGACUGCGAACACGGCCACAUCUCCGACGACGCGAUGCACAACAGCGUCGCCGCCAUCUCCGCGCUCGGGGUAUCCCCGAUCAUCCGGGUGCGGGGUCCGGCGCACGACAUCCUCAAGCGGGCGCUGGACACCGGCACGCACGGCAUCAUGGUGCCGCAGAUCAACACCGCCGAGGAGGCGCGGCAGGUCGUCGCCUCCUCGAAGUUCCCCCCCUACGGGGUGCGGGGCCAGGGGUCGGCGUUUCCGGCUAUCGGGCACGGGCUGACGACCCCCGAGUAUAUGGUGUCGGCCAACGAGACGCUCAUCACCAUGGUGCAGAUCGAGACGAAGGAGGGGGUCGAGAAUGUCGAGGAGAUUUGUGCGGUGCCCGGGGUGGAUUUGGUGUUUAUUGGGCCGAAUGAUCUCGCGCAGGCGCUGUUGGGGUAUGUUCCUGCGCGCGGGGAUGAGCCGGUGUUUGUGGAGGCGAUUAACAAGAUUGUGGAGGCGGGGAGGAAGUAUGGGAAGUGGGUGGGCAGGAUGGUCAAUAAUGGGGCGUUGGCCAAGGAGGCGAGGGGCAUGUAUGAUACUGUGGCUAUGACGGGGGAUACGAAGGCGGUGCAGAAUUGGUAUAUUGCUGAGUUGGAGGUUGCAAGGUCUUAGAUUUGGGGAUGGAUUGGGAAGUUUGAGAGUGGAUUGGGGGGGGGUAAAAGAUUGUACAUAUUCAAUUCAUGUCCGGUUUGGUUUAGAAGGAUCUUGUGUUCUGCUUAGGGGGGAGGGAGGGCAGUAGGUUUGAAGGCAGGAAGGUAGUUUCAACUACACCCCCUCCCCAGCUCGUCCAGACAUCUUUUGAUCAACCGCCCUAUCUGCCACCGUUCACGCCGCCCAAACACCGUCCUGGCCCAGUGCAGCGCCCCCUCCCCGUCACCAUCCGCC